AGUACGACCGCGACGCCCACCAUGAGAUCAAGAGAGUUAGCAGCGCUGGUGGUGGCGCUGUUAGCGGUGUGGCAGCCGUCAGGAGCUCGACCACAGACCUCCAAAGGCAUGACCCUCGUCCCGGUAGCUCUACCCGCUCCUCUAGGACUCCCUACCUCAAGCGCUGUGGAGGAAACAGAUCUCAUCUCCAAAGGCUCGUCAGUUUUAGACGCGCCAGCUGCCCCUCAGUCAUUGCCGGUGGAUAAAAGAACUGGUCUUACUGGCAAUAAGGAGUUUCCUGGAUUCUCUGGAGGUGACCUUGGCGGAUCCUUUGGUCAGAACGUUCCUGCCUUGUCUGAUGCAGGUCUUGGGGAAGAGUUCGGGAAGGGAUCUCCUGGAUUUUCUGUAAAAGGGCCUGGCUCAGACCUUGGAGCGGGGUCUCCUGGGCUCUCAGUAGGUUCUGGUGCAGGUUUCGGAGCAGGUGCUGGUGCAGGUUUCGGAGCAGGUUCUGGAGCAGGUUUCGGAGCAGGUUCUGGCGCAGGUUUCGGAGCAGGUUCUGGCGCAGGUUUCGGAGCAGGAUCUGGCGCAGGUUUCGGAGCAGGAUCUGGCGCAGGUUUCGGAGCAGGUUCCGGAGCAGGAUCUGGAUUCUCAACAGGCUCCGGCACAGACUUUGGGGUGGAGCUCUCAGCAGGAUCUGACGUUGGCUUGGGAGUUGGGUCGCCCAAGGUGCCCCUUCCCAGUCAAGGAGGAUUAGAUAUUAAAGUCGACGAUCAAAGCUUUAGUACAUCUGGAAUCGGCCCGUCAAAAGUUCCUUUACCUGGAACUUCCAAAAUUGGAGCUGUUGAUUCUCUUCUCAACCAUCCCAAAACUAGCGGUGGAGGUGCAUUAGGAAAGGUAAUCAGUGGACAUUCUUCGGCUGGUGGCGGAGGCGUUCUGAACCUGUUGUCAUCGUUGAUUACCGGCCUCAGUGGUACCGGAAGCCUCGCACACAAGAACCCAUUGAGCGCGCUUGGGCUAGGGUCGCAAACUCUACAGUCCUUUGUUCAGUUAGCUUCUGCGUCGGCAGAUGAUAUUGGUCGUGAAACCAACUUUGGGCUAAGGCUUCUAGGAGACGAGGUUGAAUUCCAGGGACAGCAACGGUUAAAAAAAGUUCUCAAAGGUGUCCAGCAAGCAGGUCGCACGGUCGGGGCUGUUGGACAAAAUACUUACCGAGGUGUGUUGCAGACAAAAGAUUCUUUGGGCAACUUAGCCGUAGGUACAGUGCAUAAUUUAGGGGAAUUUGCUGACCAUUCAGUCACGGCGUCGUUUGACAAGGUCUCCGAUACCCUCGGCGCAUUUGGACGCCUUCUUCAUGACCUGAAGACGGCAUUCUUAAAGAGUAUUAUCGCACAGGCUGAAGCUGGGAAAGUACUGGUGGAUAACCAGUCCAAGACGACUUCAGGAGCCGUCAAGGAGAUACUUGACGAUAACCGUGAAGUUAUCAGAGAUAACAUCCGCGCCAUAACAGGAUUGAAAAAGGAAAUAUCAUCAAAGAGAAUAUAGGCUGAUAGUUCUUGAUUAAAGUCAGUGAGUAAUAAAAAUAAGAAUACGACAUCGUUAGUCUUAAAAUGACUGGAGUGUGAUGGUUAUGAACUUGUCUUGCUACCCAGGACUAAGCAGUAAAAUAAACAUCCUUUCGUAGAGUGUUCUAUCAGCCAUGGUCCCCACUAUGUGCAGUUCUUAAACUAUUAAACGUAUUUUUUGGU